AACAUCGGAAGCCGAAGCCGAGUCCGACAUGUUUCUAACUCCGGUAGUGCCCCCAGCCCGGGCUAACCCGGUGUUACACCAGCGCCUUACUGCCCUUCGCUCUGGGUCCACAGUCCACCGGUACUGACCACAGCAUGGAGCAGACGGACAAAAAGAUCCUGUGCAUCGGCCUGGUGUGUCUGGACAUCAUAAAUGUGGUGGAUAAAUAUCCGGAAGAGGACACGGACAAAAGGUGUUUGUCCCAGCGAUGGCAGAGAGGGGGAAACGCAUCAAACUCCUGCACCAUACUUGCCCAGCUGGGGGCGCCCUGUGCUUUCAUGGGCUCUGUAGCUCAUGGACCUGUAGCUGACUUCAUCAUGAAUGACUUUAAAAUGUACGAGACUGACAUCUCUCUCAUCGUGGAGCACGCCAAGUGCUCCGUUCCAACAUCUGUAGUUAUCAGCAGCGAAACCACGGGCAGUCGCACCAUCCUGCACACGAACAGCAACCUGCCGGAUGUGACGGCGGAGGAUUUCUCAAAGCUGGACCUGAGCCAGUAUCAGUGGAUUCACUGGGAGGGUCGUAAUGCAGCGGAGCAGGUGAAGAUGAUCGAAAAGGUGAGGGAGUAUAACAGAAAGCAGGAGAAGAGCAACCAGAUCACCAUCUCGGUGGAGAUAGAGAAAACCCGAGAGCCGCUCUACCAGCUUUUCCCUCACGGAGACCUGGUUUUUGUCAGUAAGGAUGUGGCUAUACACUUUGGGUUCCAGUCAGCCGCCAGCGCUCUGAAGGGUUUUUAUAGCCGAGUGAGGAAGGGGGCUGUGCUGAUCUGUGCCUGGGCAGAAAAGGGUGCGGACGCGAUGGGUCCAGAUGGAGUUGUGGUCCACUCUGAUGCUUUUCCCCCUGAGAAAGUUGUAGACACACUCGGCGCAGGGGACACAUUUAAUGCAUCGGUCAUCUACAGUCUAUCAAGGGGUGGGACUCUACAGGAAGCGCUCACAUUUGGUUGCCAGAUUGCCGGCAAAAAGUGCGGUAUCCAUGGAUACGAUGGGAUUCUGCCGUGAACGUGGUGCAAAAGAGAAGAACAGUGAAGCAGAGCAGAUCCUAAACCCAGGACCGGCUGAUUAAAUGAGGGAAACGUGGCUGUUAAGAGUGGCCGUUAAAAGUCCUCUUUCUGUGGAAGCCUAACAUUCCAGAUUCCUCUCUCAGCUGAUCAGCAGCUGUAGGUGAUUGAAUAACACUGAGUUUAUGUCUAGAUAAUUAAGGUGGAUUUUGUAAUUAACAACAUGUCUUUAUUCAAACGUGGCAAAGAAAUGAAAAGUGUGAAUUACAUGAGCGAAUAAACAAAAUGUAUUAGCCAUGUUGCUAAUCACUGCA